CUGUUUUACUCGUCUUGUAUUUAUCAUGCCUUGCGCAAAUUGUACUUGUCAAAACAAAUCUGGCUGUUCUUCAGUCAUUGCAAAUGGAGCUUCAGCACCAUUACGAUCCAAUGGCAAAAAGACGGCAGGUGAACGAACACGAUUGUGGGCCACAACGGAAGGAUCUUCUUCCCAAUACGGAAGCACAAACGGGAAUGGUAACUCAACCGAAUCUGAAGGACUUUUAGAAGAAGCAGAAGUGGCAAGUUCAAGCACAAGUACUUCUGGUGCUCCCCCGGCCAAAUGCGAAAAACAUAAUGGCGUUCGUGGCGUUUGCUGUCGUGAACUCAAAAGGGAAGAACGUCAUUUGAUCGAUCCGGACGUCGUACGUGAUGUGAUCAUCGGUCUUUCAGAUGGUUUGACUGUCCCUUUCGCUCUUACUGCAGGUCUUUCCGGUGUCGGAAGCACAAGAAUCGUUGUUCUUGCAGGUUUGGCAGAAUUGGUUUCGGGUGCUAUCAGUAUGGGUGUGGGAGGUUUACUCAGUGCCCAAGCGGAAGUGUCACAUUACAACUACAAAUUAGCCUCAACCUCUCAACGUGUUCAACAAUCUUGCUCCGGUGAAUUGGAAAGAGAAGUCUGCUCAAUACUGGAACCAUUUGGUGUACCAGAAGAGAUUGGUGCAAUGGUGGCUGCUAAAUUGCAAAACGUCGAACAGCGGGAUUCCAAGAGAAUUUUGAAUCAAAUCACACAAGAAAGCGGAGAAGGUUUACCCGCUCCCGCAACAUCUUCCAACUCUGCACCGCCGCCACCGCCACCAACCCGUCGUUCCGAUGGUUUGGUAGGACCUGAACGUGGCUUGACACCAUUCUUAUUACGAAUGGGAGAAGGUUUAGAAAAAGUUGAAGAAUCGCGUGUUUGGCAAUCGGCAAUCGUGAUUGGAACAAGUUAUUUCGUUGGAGGUUUUAUUCCUCUUUUACCUUAUAUCCUUCUUGCUUCUAUUCAACAGGCUUUGUUCAUGUCAAUUGCAAUCACUGGUAUUGUUUUGCUGAUCUUUGGUGUUGUAAAACAAAAGGCAACAGGUGCAGCAAGCGAUACUAAAGGAUUGAUCUAUGGAGCUUUCUCUACGCUCUUUGUCGGUGCUGCAGCAGCGGGAAGUUCAUGGAUCAUCGUCAGGGCCCUUGAAGGUGGUUCGGCUUAA